AUGAACAAUAAUGCUGGCAUCCCUUUACAAGAACUAAUUUUAAAAAUCAUUGAUAGAACUUCAAUUGAAGAGGAUGGUAUAAAACGAAACUCUAACGGAAUACCUGCCACUGGAUCAAUUUGGUAUGUCAUAAGCACAAAUUGGCUUGAAAAAUGAAAAAGCUUAUAUAGAAAUAGCGAAGAAACCAAAGGAUUCUCAAUAGGAAAAGUUGAUAAUACUGAUAUUAUAUCUCUGCCCACACACAAUAUCUGAACUCUUUCUGCUGAAACUAUCUUGAAACCAGGACUCACGCUGGGCUUAGAAUAUGAAAUUGUACCUCCAAGGGUAUGGAAAUACUUCAAGCUUAAUUUUGGAAUACAAAAAGGAUCAGAGAUUAUUAGGACUAGCGUAAAUUCUAAUAAAAACGAAACAAAUGUAGAAAUCACAUUCAAGCCUCUUCAAAUAUUUUUUGUUAUAAGAAAAAGAGACUUUUUCCCAGAAAUUCCUGUAACAUUUUAUAUUUCCCAUUAUGCGAAAACCUCAGAUUUAAUAAGGAAGGUGAGAGAUUUAUAUAAAGAAAAAACAGUCAAUAAUUUAGAUAUAAGAAAUAUCAGGAUUUGGCACAUCGACGCGAAUAUCAAUUAUAGCGAAUUUAAAGAAAAAAUUAAGAAAACAGGAAAUAGAGUGCCUGGAAAACUAGCCAGAGAUUCCAGCUUAGAAGAUGCAGAAAUUGCUGAUAAUGACUUGAUCGUUGCUGAAAUAAAGCAGACGUUGGAUGAGUGGUUUUUGGAAAUGGAGAAAACAAAUAUAAAGUUAUGCAAAGCAUGCAAUACUCCAAUAUCUGACAAUGCUUAUUACCAAAAAAAUUUUGAAAUUUAUUGCAGCCUUUCUUGCCUCCCAAAUGGUAAUACUGCUACUAAUAAUCAUAACAAUAAUCAUGCAAACUCAAAUGGAAAAGCUGUUUUAUCCUCAAGGGGGCUGGUAGGUCUUCAAAACUUAGGAAAUACUUGUUUUAUGAACUCAGGCUUGCAAUGUCUCUCAAACACUCAUAACCUUACUGAGUAUUUUUUAACAGGAAAAUACAUAAAAGAUAUCAACUCGAAAAACCCUUUAGGAAGUGGAGGAAAAUUAGUAAGAGAGUAUGCUGACUUAGUUAAAGAAAUAUGAAGUGACUCUUCAAAAAUCAUUUCUCCUUGGGAUUUCAAAAAAACCUUCAGCCAAUAUAAAACUCAAUUUUCUGGAUAUCACCAGCAUGAUUCACAAGAAAUGCUAACUCCCACCUUCCAUGAGCGAGCAAAAAAUCUGUUCGCUCACGGAGGGGGGUUAAUUUUUCUUUAAAAAAUUUAUAUAAAUUUUAUAUAAAAAAUUUUUUUCGAAAUUUUAAAAAACCUAAUUCGUAAAAAUUGGAAAGCAAAUAUUAAUUUAAUUUGUAAAAUUUAUGUUUUAAAACGCAAUUUGUUUAAAAUUAAACAAAAUUAGCUAUAGGUUUAAUUAUACUAAUUAUCACUUAUAUAUCAAUUUUUUUUUCAUAAAAAAAUUUCAAUUAAAAAAUUUUGUCCGCUUAGGAGGGUUUUUAGGCAAAAAAUAGCGAUUUUUCUAAUGGUUUUGUUCGCUCACGGAGGGGGAGUAAGUAUGCUUCUAGAUGGUCUUCAUGAAGAUUUAAAUAAAGUAAAUCGUAAGCCUUAUAUUGAAGAAUUCAAAACUGAUGGACUAAGCGAAGAUGAAAUUUCUGAAAUAUAUUGAAAUUCUCACCUGGCAAGAAACCAAAGCAAGAUUGUUGAUUUAAUGCAUGGCCAAUUCAGAUCAGAAGUGAUAUGUCCAGACUGUAAAAAUAUAUCGCUAGCAUUUGAUCCGUUUUUAAUGCUGGCUUUGCCAAUUCCUAAUAAAGAAUUAGUGUGGGUUGAUAUUUAUUUUUUGCCGUUUGAUGAACAAAGUGAAUAUUUAAAACUGAAAAUCAAAACCUAUAAAAAAAGCACAGGCUUGGAAAUAAAGAAAAUUGCAGCUAAUUAUUUGGGAAUUUCUGAAGAUUUCUUAGCUUUAGCUACAUUUUUGAAUACCAAAAUCCAAAUGGUUAUUGAUAGUAGCCAGAAAAUCAAUGUGAUUCAUUUUAAACUUGCUUUAUAUGAAGUGAGAAAUAUAAAUCUCAAUAUUUAUGAUGAUAUUCUAGCAUAUCUUGAAUCAAAAAACGAAAGGCUAAAAGAUAGCAAACUCUAUAGGCCAGUAACAAUAAAUAACACUAAUGCAAAAGACAGCGUGAAUAUUUAUGAUUGUUUUCGCUAUUUUGAAAACCCUGAGCAACUGGACGAAGUGAACUCAAUUUACUGUAAAAGCUGUCGGGCACAUGUCCAAGGGAUCAAAAAAAUGGAAGUUUACAAACUUCCAAAGAUUUUGAUAGUCCAUUUGAAGAGAUUUAAGCAUAAUGGCUUUUAUAAUUCAAAAAUUGACAAAUUUGUGGAAUUCCCUGUUGAAGGUCUUGACCUUCGUAAUUAUUGUAUAAGAAAUCCAGGGAUUUAUGACUUAUAUGCGUUAUCCAACCAUUUCGGAUCAACUGGAUCAGGACACUAUACCGCUUAUGCUAAAAAUCGCUAUAAUCAAAGAUGAUACAAUUUCGAUGAUUCCUCAGUAAGUAUAGUCUCAAAUCCUGAAAGUAUUGUCACUUCAUCUGCAUAUGUCUUAUUUUAUCUCCAACGAGAAGGCACAAAUAAUUAA